AUGGGCAUCGCCGAGUCCACGCCGGACGAGCUGCCGUCGGACGCGGAGGAGCAGCUGCGCAGCGGCGAGCAGCAGCUGGAGCUGAGCGGGCGGCGCCUGCGGCGGCUGCCCGGCGCCGUGUGCGCGCUGAGCCGCCUGCAGAAGCUGUACGUGAGCGGCACGGGGCUGCGCGAGCUGCCCGAGGAGAUCGAGGAGCUGCGCGAGCUGCGCAUCCUGGCGCUCGACUUCAACAAGCUGGAGCGCCUGCCCGACGGCCUGUGCCGCCUGCCGCGCCUCACGCGCCUCUACCUGGGCGGCAACCGGCUCCUGGCGCUGCCCGCGGACUUCGCGCAGCUGCAGAGCCUGCGCUGCCUCUGGAUCGAGGGCAACUUCCUGCGGCGCUUCCCGCGGCCGCUGCUGCGCCUGGCGGCGCUGCAGUCCCUGCAGAUGGGCGACAACCGCCUGCGCGCGCUGCCCGCCGAGCUGCCGCGCAUGACCGGCCUGCGCGGCCUCUGGCUCUACGGGAACCGCUUCGAGGAGUUCCCGCCCGCGCUGCUGCGCAUGGGGCGCCUGCACAUCCUCGACCUGGACCGCAACCGCCUGGGCGGCUUCCCCGACCUGCACCCGCUGCGCGCGCUGCGCGUCUUCUCCUACGACCACAACCCGGUCACGGGGCCCCCGCGCGUCGCCGACACCGUGUUCCUCGUGGGCGAGGGCGCCGUCGAGCGCAUGGCCGAGCGCGACGAGCCCCGCUCCCGGCCUCCGCCCCGCCGCCCGGCGCGGGCCUUUGAGGAUGAAGAGGAGGAAGACCUGCUCAUGGGGGGCGGGGUCUCCCGGGCGCUGGGGCCCCCCCCAGGCAGCCUGCGCGCCCUGGAAGCCGCUCCAGAGCUGGGCACCUGAGCCCGGGCGCGGGGUGAUGGACUUCGGCCAUUCUGGGAGGAGGAAGCGCUCUGGGAAGGUCUGUGGCACCGGCGCGCCCCUCCUUGGGGCAGCGCAGGGGCCACUUUGGGGACGCAGCAGGGAGCAGGCGGGCCUGGGGGCCAUCUUCAGACAUUGCUGGGUGCUCAGGAGACAGCACCGCGGGCGCUGAUUUCUGGGCAGUUGGCAGACCAAGAAGUUCAGCUCUGCGCAGCCCCCUGGGGCGCCAUCCAGUCUCUGAAAGUCACUGACAACGCAGCAGAGGUGCCAGCUUCCUCCUGGAGCCAGGGGCACCGCCACCCACUGCGCCAGCCCCUUCCGCUGAGCCGGGAUGCUCUGGGCGCUCACCCCUGCCCCUUCUCCCGGAGCCCGGCUGUCCCAGGCCCACCCUUCCCGGUGCAGGAGCUGCUAUCCCUGGGCAGGACAGCACCCCCGUGUGAGACAGACCUGCCCUCAGAGGAGGACCUGGCCGAGGGGUAGGGGCUUGGAGUUGGGCUGGUGCCCAGGACAGAAAUGGGUUUUGGGGCCCUAACACCGCAGCUGCCCUUGCCCCUACUGGGGCUCACCGAACACCAUACCUCCCACGCCAGGCCCCCCUGCGAUUCGUGUGGGGAUGGGGGCGCAGACGGUAGGGUCUCCUCCCCUGCCCUUCACUCUGUUCUUUUCUCUUAGCCUGUGCCUGGAAUCUGGCUGGGAGGAGAGCGCACCCCCUCUCUCCGCCACAGCCCCAGCCUUCCAGCUGUCAAAUUUGAAAAGAAGCCACGGUGCCUGGUGCCUCUAGGGCCUGCCACCCCGGAGAGAGCGCUCCUCGCUAGGAGGCUGCCCCGGCGCCUCUCGCUGCCUGCACUCUCCAUUCCCUUAAAUGGGCACAGGCAGGGUGGCUGGCACGGCCAGGGGCACGACGAGCACUGUGUGCCGCCGCUCCCUCAGCAGGGACAACCUCAAGGGGGUGAGGCGUGGGGCCGUUCCCAGGGCCAGAUCUCCCCCAGCCAAGCAAUAAUGGGAGGAGGGGCCAGAUGCGGGGACACUCAGGGACACGGUCGGGGCAGCGGCCCCGCAUCGCUAGUGUUUUCUUUAGGAGAAAAAAACAAAACUGGCUGUAAACAUAAAUUAUAUUUCUUGGAGAAAGACUGUGCAUUUCCCACAUGCCUGUUUAUUCAUGAGCCCUGGGAGCGCCAGGUCGCUCGGCCAUGGGCACGCGGGGCUCCCUCCGGCACUGCCUCUGUCCCUGCGGCCCAGCUCGGUGCCAGGCCGGCCCCGACAAGUGCUCGUGUCACCGGUGGCUUUGGCUGCUCGGGAUGAGCCCGGGUCCUGCUGUCCUCUCCGCCCCUCAGCCCCCCACGCGCUCCUCCUCCGUCUCCCCCAUCCUGAUUCUCAGGUUCUGGCUUUCAGUGUAUUUUCAACCCCCCUCCAGCUGGGCUGAACUUUUCUUUCCUUCACGGUACCGAUGCCCCUCCCUCGCCCACUGCCCCGCUCAUCUCUCUCCUGUCUCUCCCUCUGAGUCUGUUUUUCACGACUCUCUCCCCUCAUUGUUCAGGAAAAAGAAAAAAUAAAGAUUUACAGGAAGAAAUUUGUUAGACCUUAAGCCUAGAGAACCAUCUCCCGUGGGAAGCGGCUGCUGGCCAGCAUCCCCGUGACAACACGGCUGAUGUCAUCCAGGGCCAGGGGGUCAGGCCCUGCCCAGCAGCUCUGCUGCCCGCUGGGUUGGGCCUGGGUUGG